AUGUCGGUGAAGGAAGGCGCCCAGCGCCGAUGGACGGCACUCAAGGAGAAACUAGGGCCGCAAGACUCGGACCCCACGGAAGCCAACCUGGAGAAUGCCGACCCCGAGCUGUGCAUCCGGCUGCUGCAGAUGCCUUCAGUGGUCAACUACUCCGGCCUGCGCAAGCGCCUGGAGAGCAGCGACGGCAGCUGGAUGGUGCAGUUCCUGGAGCAGAGCGGCCUGGACCUGCUGUUGGAGGCGCUGGCGCGGCUGUCGGGCCGCGGGGUGGCGCGCAUCGCCAACGCGCUACUGCAACUCACGUGCGUCAGCUGCGUGCGUGCCGUCAUGAACUCACAACAGGGCUUGCAGUACAUCCUCAGCAACCAGGGCUACGUGCGCCAGCUCUCCCAGGCUCUGGACACAUCCAAUGUGAUGGUCAAGAAGCAGGUGUUUGAACUACUGGCAGCCCUGUGCAUCUACUCCCCUGAGGGCCAUGCCCUGACCCUGGACGCCCUGGACCACUACAAGGCAGUGUGCAACCAGCAGUACCGCUUCAGUGUCCUCAUGAGCGAGCUCGCCGACAGUGAUAACAUCCCCUAUGUGGUCACCCUGCUCAGCGUGGUCAAUGCCCUCAUCCUCGGGCCUGAGGACCUCCGAACCCGCAGUCAGCUUCGCAAUGAGUUCAUUGGGCUGCAGCUGCUGGACGUCCUGACCAAACUGCGGGACAUCGAGGACGCCGACCUGUUGAUCCAGCUGGAGGCCUUUGAGGAGGCCAAAGCCGAGGAUGAAGAGGAACUGCUCCGGGUGUGCGGUGGGGUGAACAUGAGCAGCCAUCAUGAGGUCUUUGCCUCCCUGUUCCACAAGGUCAGCUGCUCGCCUGCGUCUGCCCAACUGCUGUCGGUGCUGCAGGGCCUCUUGUACCUGGAACCCACCCGCCGCUCCAGCCAGCUGCUCUGGGAGGCUCUGGAGAGCCUGGUCAAUCGCGCGGUGCUCCUGGCGAGCGACGCCCAGGAGUGCACCCUGGAGGAGGUGGUGGAACGACUCCUGUCCACCAAAGGGCGGCCCCGGCCUCGCCCCCUGGACCGGGCCCACAAAGGAAUCCAAGCCGACCUGGGACUGCAUCGGAAGGGCAGCCCUCCUCAGAAUUUGAGUGGCCCAAAGGCGGGCCUAGAGGGAGAGAGGCCAGCAGUGACCCCCGCCUGCCUUCAGGAUGCCAAGGCGUCAAACACGAGUGGAGACGAAGCUCUGCAGCAGACCACCCCAGAGCUUCGGACACCCACCCCACCGCCACCCCCUCCACCGCCGCCGCCACCUCUGCCGGGCCAGGGGUUCGCAACUCCCACGCCACCACCCCCACCCCCCCCUUUGCCCGGGACUGCAGCUCCCCCUCCGCCCCCCCCACCACUGCCCCCGCCCCCUCCUCCACCCCCAUUACCUGGCUUCAGUGGAUUCCCCCCACCACCGCCCCCACUACCUGGUUUCAAUGUGGGCCCCCCUCCACCGCCCCCACUGCCCCAGGGUUUGGGGUGUCCCCCUCCACCCCCGCCCUUGCUGGGCACUCCCAGGCUUCCAGUGGAAGAAGUUAUCGUAGCUCAGGUGGACAGCUGCCUGGGCUCUGACUACGUGCCCAGCCAUCGGCGGGUAAACCCACCCACACUACGCAUGAAGAAACUCAACUGGCAGAAGCUGCCGUCCAAUGUCGUCCGAGAGCGCCAGUCCAUGUGGGCAUCGCUUGGCAGCCUGGGCACUGAGGAGGUGGAGCCCGACUUCUCCAGCAUUGAACAGCUCUUCUCCUUCCCCGUGGCCAAGCCUAAGGAGCUGACAGCGGCUGCCCCCACCAGGAAGGAGCCCAAGGAGAUCACUUUUCUCGACUCCAAGAAAAGCCUUAACCUCAACAUCUUCCUGAAGCAGUUUAAGUGCCCCAAUGAGGAGAUCACCGCCAUGAUCCACGCUGGAGAUACCACCAAGUUCGAUGUGGAAGUUCUCAAACAGCUCCUCAAACUCCUUCCAGAGAAGCAUGAAACUGAAAACCUGCAGACAUUCAAAGGGGAGCACACCAGGCUGGCUAAUGCUGACCAGUUCUACCUGCUCCUGCUAGCCAUCCCGUGCUACCAGCUGCGGCUGGAAUGUAUGCUGCUGUGCGAGGAGACAGCUGUGGUGCUGGACAUGAUGCAGCCCAAAGCCCAGCUGGUGCUGGCCGCCUGCAGAAGCGUGCUUACCAGCCACCAGCUCCCAGUCUUCUGCCAGCUGAUCCUCAAGAUCGGGAACUUCCUCAACUAUGGCAGCCACACAGGUGACGCCGACGGCUUCAAGAUCAGCACGCUGCUGAAACUCACUGAGACCAAGGCUCACCAGAGCCGAGUGACCCUGCUGCACCACGUGCUGGAGGAGGUGGAACGGAGCCACCCUGAUCUCCUGAAUCUGCCCCAGGACCUAGAGCAGGUCUCCCAGGCUGCUGGGAUCAACCUGGAGGUCAUCCGCUCGGAGGCCAGCACCAACCUGAAGAAGCUUGUGGAGACGGAGCGGAGGGUGUCGGCCUCCAUCCCAGAAGUGCAGGACCAAUACACUCAGCGCCUACAGGCCAGCACUGCAGCCUCCCGAGCGCUGGGCGAGGUGUUCGAAGCCAUUGAUCAGAAGAAACUUGAACUGGCUGACUAUCUGUGUGAGGAUGCCCAGCAGCUGUCCCUGGAGGACACAUUCAACACUAUGAAGACUUUCCGGGACCUCUUCCUCCGUGCCCUGAAGGAGAAUAAAGACCGGAAGGAGCAAGCCGCAAAAGCAGAGAGGAGGAAGAAGCAACUGGCAGAGGAGGAGGCUCAGAGGCCGAGGGGCGAGGACGGGAAGCCUGUCAGGAGGGGUGCCGGGCGACAGGAGGAGGUGUGUGUGAUCGACGCCCUGCUGGCCGACAUCAGGAAAGGUUUCCAGCUUCGGAAGACAGCCCGAGGCCGAGCGGAUGUGGAGGGGGGCGGCAAGGUUACAGCAGACCCCCCCAGGACCUGGGAGCCUGUGGCCCCAAGUGAGCCCACCGGAGGCCCCAGCUGCCCCACCUCGCAGCCAGACAUCACCUCUGCAGUGACCAGUGAGCCCCAGGACUUGGACCUCAUGGAUGCAGCCCUGCCCCACCCACAAUCCCUGGGGGGCUCAUCAGAGUCUAACAAUCCUAGAUGCUUGGAGCGGCAGUCUUCCUGGUACAUGGAUGCCAGUGAGCCACCAGCCACCGAGGACUCCCAGAGUCCUCAGCCCUCAGUGGGGGCCUGGCCGGUGGAGCUGGGGGACACUCGGGCCUUGAAGCCCCUCAAGUUCUCCUGUGACAAGCCCCCCAGCACCACAGUUUCAGGCCAAGGGACCUCGGACCCCACAGCUCCACAGGGUACCUACCAGGUCGAGGCUGACAGCACCAACUGUGGAGGGGACGAGGAGGACAUGACCCCAGAGUCUGCUUUGGACACGUCGCUGGACAGGUCCUUCUCUGAGGACAUGGUGACCGACUCCUCAGGGUCCGGCAGCUUGCCGAGGGCCCGGGCCCGGAGUGCCAAAGGGACUGGCCGGAGGAGGAGGAAACGCCUCUCAAGAAGUCAGGAAGGCCCCAGGCCCAAGCCCAAAGCCAAGUGA